UUUUUUUUUUACUUUACCGCAAAAAUCAUUCACCACUCAGAAAAAAAAGUCUCCGCUUUCACCAACCACUUUUCUUCAACCUCACCGUACAAGUCGUUCCCUUUCGAAAACGACUUCUCUACUGCCUGUCGGUCGAUCCGCCCAUCAUGGCGACCCUGGCGGAGAAGCUCGAGAAGAUCAAGUCUCCCAAAUUGCAGAAUCAGCACCAUACGGCUGUGGUACUUUCUGCAGUGGAAGACACGCUCCGAGAUCAAAACGCAGACUUUUCCCCUACAGCUUACUUCGCAGCACUACUUGCUCUACUAUCUCAGUCGAUUUCGGCCGAACAAGGCAUCGUCAACAAAGACCUAGCGACCUCCGUGGUCUACCUUCUUGACAUCACGACCGCCUAUGCCCCCGCUCCAAUUCUCCGUUCCAAGUUCUCCCAGAUCCUUACCAGUCUUGCUCCCGCGCUCUCUUUGCCUGAAUCCGAAGCUCCAUUGCUCAGACCGUCGAUCGGCUGCCUUGAAUCGCUACUUAUCGCCCAGGAUGCCGCAGCAUGGAAUCUCCCCCACACUCAGAUCAGCCCGCGACGGGCCACCGCGGGAUUGCUGAGUUUGUCCGUUGAUCACCGCCCCAAGGUACGCAAGAGGGCCCAGGACGCUUUGAUCAAGGUUCUGAAGAACCCUCCUCCCAGUCCGUCGCUUGAUCACCCAGCUGCAGAUAUGUGUGCGGAAUCCGCCCUGCGCACAUUGGGUGACAGUAUCGCCACAGCAGCCAAACAGAAGCGGGGCCGUAACGAUCCUCACUCCCAUAAUCAGGAUCCGUUAGUCAUUCACUCUCUUCAGCUGGUAAAGACGGUCGCGACCGCGUCGGGAGGUUGGCCGAGCAAGAAGAUUGAGCCUCUAUGCGAGUUGUUAAUGAAUGCUUCUCGGUCAAGCAACGAGUAUAUCACGAUGGGUGCAUUUGAGGUGUUUGAGGUCAUUUUCUCCAGCAUGGCCGAUGAGUUCUCGUCGUCAAAGCUUCCCCGUCUUCUUGAUGCGAUUUCCGAGUUGAAGCCUGCACAGAACGACUCGCAGUUGCUUCCCCCAUGGAUUGCUGUUUUGUCCCGCGGUUACGAUGUGUCUGCUCAGAUCAGUCCCGAGGAUACUUUUGAGAAAUUGCCCGCGUUGUUCGACAUGAUCUCCAGCUACUUGGCGUCCCCAUCGAAGAAUAUUCGGAUUUCGGCAUCGGAGUGUCUAGUUUCGUUCAUGGCCAACUGUAUCCCCAAUAGUGUGAUUAUUGAACCAUCGGUUUACGACGAGAAAACGCUCGAGAAGUUGGCUAAGGCCGCGACAAAUCUACUUUCUUUGAAGUACCAAGCUGCAUGGAUUGAGGUGUUCAACGUCUGCUCGGCAAUGUUCGAUAGUUUCAAGUGGCGGUCCAGCCCGUUUUUGGAUGACAUUGUGAAGACUGUGGGAGAGCUCCGGAGUAAUGAAUCUUUUCACGGCAAGAAGGAGGCCGAUCAAGUUCUCGGUAGCGCGAUUGAAGCCAUGGGCCCUGCAACGGUCCUUGAGAUUCUACCUCUGAAUAUCAUUGAGCAGAAAGCCGGCCAACCCGGCCGUGUUUGGUUCCUUCCUGUGCUUCGAGACCAUGUCACCAAUACCAACCUUGCUCAUUUCCGUUCCGAGCUCGUCCCUCUAAGCGAAGCCUUGUUCCAGAAGGUGAUGGACUUCACUGCCGCAGAGAAGGCCGUGGAAACCAAAAUUUUCGAGACGCUUGUUCAGCAGACUUGGUCUAUUCUUCCUGGAUACUGCGAGCUGCCUUUGGACCUGGUCGAGUCUUUCGACCAGACCUUCGCCGAGCUCCUCUCUAACGUGCUCUACAAGCAAACUGAUUUGCGUGUAGACAUUUGCAAGGCCUUACAGAAUCUGGUCGAGUCUAACCAGGCCAUUCUGUCUCUCGAAACCGAGGGCGAUGAUUUGGUUCUCCAGCGGAGGAUCACCAAGAAGGAUGCAGCAAAGAACAUCGCUCAUCUUGCUGGCUUUUCCAGUAACUUGUUGGCUGUGCUCUUCAAUGUGUACAGUCAGACCCUCCCACACUACAGAGGCUACAUUUUGCAGUGUAUUAAUGCUUACCUGAGUAUCACCCCUGAGAAGGAGCUCAACGAUACCUUUACACGUGUCACCUCUAUGCUCGAGUCGUCGGUAGCUGCGGAGAAGGAGGCUGCAGAAAAGCAAGGCCACCAGCAGGGUGGCUCGGGUGACAAGAUGCCGCCGACUUCCCAUACCUUGAUCGAUUUGGUCAUCGCCAUGUCAAUUUAUCUACCUCGCUCUAGUUUUUCGAGCUUGUUUGCCAUGGCUUCGGCUGUCCUGAAUGGACAUACUGGUGAUCAACAGCUGAUCAAGAAGGCGUACAAGUUGAUCCCCCGCCUGGCUACCACUGAGACUGGUGCAGCUGCGCUUCGUGAACGGAGCUCCGAACUCCAAGCACUUAUCCUUUCCACGGUGGAUAAGACGCCAGCCUCUGCUCGCCGCGACCGUAUGCUCGCUAUUGACGAGCUCGUCACGUACCUACCGACCUCCGACUUGCACUUCAUCCCUUCUAUCCUUUCUGAGGUUGUCCUAGGCUGCAAGGAGAGUAAUGAGAAGGCUAGAACUGCUUCAUUCGAUCUACUCAUCCACCUUGCGAAGAGAACUACCGACUCGGAGCUUAAUCCAGCUGGAACCAAGAUCCGCAAUUCGCUGGUACCUCACAUGCCCAACAAUGCUCCAGAUGCUCCUGCCACCAUGGAAGAAUUCUUCACUAUGGUGUCUGCCGGUCUGGCUGGUAGCUCACCACACAUGGUUGCUGCCUCCGUGACAGCCUUGUCUCGCCUGUUUUUCGACUUCCACGCUCAAGUUCAACCCGCUGUACGCUCUGACCUGGUGCAGACCGUCGAGCUGUUCCUCACCAGCAACAACCGCGAGAUUGUCCGAUCUGUGCUAGGCUUUGUCAAGGUUGCUGUUGUCGUGCUUCCCGAUGAUGUUCUCCGCACACGCCUCAAUUCUAUGGUACCAAAUCUCAUGGUAUGGAGCAAGGAGCACAAGGGCCGUCUCCGCAGCAAGGUCAAAGGUAUCCUGGAUCGCCUGAUCCGCCGCUUCGGCGCCGCCCCGAUUGAAGAACUUGUUGGCGAAGCCGACCGGAAGCUCGUCGUGAACAUCCGGAAGCAGCGUGAGCGUCGCAAGAAGAAGAAGCAGGGUGAGAAGGGUGACGAGGACGAGGACGAAGAAGAAGCCGCCGAUAAUAAGAACGCGAAGGUCCAGUCUUACGGUGGCAAUGCCUUCGACAGAGCCGUCUACGAUUCCGACUUGUCAGACUCCGACGACGAUGCAAGCGAGCUCGAUGUCGACGAGCAUGGCGACACUCACGUUAUCAACAAGGGUGGCCGUAAGGGUAAGAAGUCCAACAACAACAAGCAAAGCGAACAGUACAUCCGCGAGAUGUCCCCUGAGGACAACCCACUUGAUCUUCUUGCCCCUGACGCCCUGGCCAGCAUCUCCACCACCAAACCCAGCGUCCGCUUCCUCAACACUGGCCCCGGAUCCCGACGCAAGCACUCCGCUAAGGUCGACGAAGACGGCCGUCUCCUCUUGGGCGAUGACAACAACGACGUCGAGAUGUCUGGCGGCCUCGACGCCAACGCCCAGGCCGGUGACAGCGCCGUCAACGCCUACGUCGCAGCUGUCAGCGGACCCGACGCCGUCCGUCGCGGCCAGCGCGGCAAGUUCAAGAUGGCGCAGGCCCAGAAGUCCAAGUCUAAGGGCGAAGACGACAUGGACGUGGACGAAGGCGACGAACCCGCUUCCUCAAAGAAGGGAGGCCCCAAACAACAACCCACUCGUCGCGGUCUCGGAAUGCCCAAGACCCACGGACCCAGCGAUGGACGGAUUCAAAAGCGAAAGAACAUCCGCGGCGGACGCUUCGGCAAGAGGAGAUAAACUAAACUUGCUUUACCUUCUUCUCCUCCUUUUUUACUCAUUAACUUACUCCCAUCCAUCCUUCUCUUUCCUAUCUACCAAUUCAAAGAAAAAAAUCACCUGUAUGAAUUGAUGUUGAUGAAAUAGGAAAAUGAUCAAGUCCCUUACUUAUAGUUACAUUUUCUCUCUUGUUCUUUUGAAGCAUGACAGGACAAAAUUGGAUUUAAGUGAUCAUAUUCUGUGCGGCACAGUUUUGCACUUUGAAAAAUCGGUGUGCAUGGUGGAUCUUUUGUAGUGAAAACUUAUCUUAUUGAUUGAUAUUUUCCUCCUUUUUUUUGUUUCAUGUGACUACUUACAUAGGUAUCUUUAUACCCUCGAAGCUGCUUCAAUAUGAUUUGAUCCUUUUGAUUGCAUGUUCAUUGUAUGCUGUGGGAUUUAGUAUGGUGGCUGGAGUGGGGGUCAACAGUAGAGGUGAUUCGAGUAGAUGGGUCUUGAGUAUAGUACUGUACUCUCCAUAUGUAUAUGAGUUGGAGAGAUAGACAGAAACAAAUACUCCAGACUAUUCCAACGAAAAUACGGGUACGGAGAGAGAUGAAAAAGAUACAGUCAAAAAUGUAUGAGGCCAGCCCGGGUAUCAAUUCAUGGAAAAGGCACUA